UUAAGGGAUAAGGCCUCUCUUCCUUCGCCUCUUCUUUCAUUCGCGCUUUCCUUCGUUUCGAAAGAAGAGCUCCGCGAAGGGUUGCAUAAGGUAGAACAAUGAGGACGAUCGUGUUCGCGGUUUGCCCGCUGGAUAAUCGUCGUCGACCGUCGCUCUUAAUUUACGUUAUCUUGGCCGUCAUCUUACCGAUCCACGUAUCAGCCGAAGCUCAAAAGAACGAACACGGGAACACGUACGUGAGGAGAUCGAACGCGAACCCAGGAUUGUCGAAGAACACGGAGGAAUCGAAAGUUUCCAUCGUCGACGAUGAGAACAAGGAUUCGAAGGCGAAAUCUAGCGAUGGUCAGCGAGACGAAGAGUCGGCUAAAUCCACAGACGAGAACAGUCCAGCAUUAAACAAGUUCCUACAAGAUGUUCUGAAGGCUCAAACCGAUUUAAAGUGGAUAGAUCAAGCACUGCACGAUGCUAAUCGCGAGAAGGAUUGGAAGAAGAACAGUCAAAAUGUUAAUAAAUUACGCGAGAAAAGAGGCUUUAGCGAGAACUACGAAACUACACGGCAGUUGAAUAGAAAUACGUACAGAGAUGAAAAUCCUCUAGAACUUUCCCAGAGAUUGCGUUUUGGUAAUGACAUGACGUUCAAGAGGAACGUCGAUCUCGAUGACGUCGAUGCGUAUGAAAAGGGGUAUCGUAUUUCCGUUAUUAAAAUAUUCCAACAAGGAGAACCCGGUGAAUGA